AUGCAGAGCAUAUCAUUAAAAAAUAUGGGAGCCGUAUUCGGUAAGAAAGAGCGGGAACCUCAUAAGGAAGAGGACGACGAUUUAGAUGCUUCAGAAUUUGAGGAAGAGGAGACGGGACCAAAGAAAGAGAAGAGCAAAAGACCCAAAGAAACCCCAUUUACACAACAACGUAUUGCAGCCCUCAAUCCGGUGGUAACACCAAAAAGAGUGGUGCCUUUAUACCUGUUUCUGGCGGUCAUUUUCGUAUGUUUUGGCGCAGGCAUGGUGACGAUCUCAUCCAAAGUUGACCAAGUAUUGAUAUACUAUGAUGGGUGCUCGACCAAAGCUUCCUCGGAUUGGGAAACGAUGAAUAGCAGCGAUUACAGCUGGUCUUUCCAUAAAAAUAAAACCUAUAAUGUGGCCCCAACAUGGAGAUACGUUCCCGGCGACGGAUCCAAUGUGAGUGCCACAGAUGGUGCCUGCCAAAUAAGAUUCACCACGCCUUACGAUCUGCCUAAAUCUGUGUAUUUGAGCUAUUGGAUCGAAAAGUUUUAUGGAAAUCACAGGCGGUACGUGUUGUCGUUCAGCGAGGAUCAAAUACAUGGACAAAACACCACGAUCAGCGAUUUGAAAGACGUAGUUGGCAUCAAUUGCAAACCUCUUGUGUCCAACGGCGAGGGUAAACAGUACUACCCAUGUGGACUCAUCGCCAACGCCAUGUUCAACGAUACUUUCCCCAUGCAGCUCUCGGGUUUCGACGGCACUGAGUCGUACCCUCUAACGAAUGAAGGAAUUUCGUGGUCCACGGACAAGGACAGAUUCAGACGCACGAAGCUCAACUACACCUUGCUCGCACCACCUCCAAACUGGAUCAAACGUUAUCCAAACGGCUACAACUCCACUAAUGUGCCUGAUAUCCAUAAUUGGGAAGAAUUCCAAAAUUGGAUGAGAACGCCUGCCUUCCCUACGUUUCAAAGACUUAUCAGGAGAAACGACAACUCGUCUUUACCGGCAGGCAACUACGAGGUAGAUAUAGGGCUCAAUUGGCCCGUGACGGAGUUUGGUGGCAGAAAGGCCAUUUUCAUGACCCACGGAUCCAGUAUUGGAGCGAAAAACAGUUUUUUGGGCGUCGUCUAUUUGAUUGGCGGAUUUAUUUGCGUCGCAAUGGCUUUGGUAAUAUUCUCCUUUGCCGUGAUUUGCAAGAGGUCAUCGGGAGACGUCAGAUAUCUGUCCUGGAACAAAUGA